ACCUACCUACGCUUUGAUUGCUUUUGUUUUGUUAUUGUUUUCGAAGGGUACCUACUAAUUCUAAUGUAUCUAUGAUAAUUAUCUUCUCUGUAUUCUGACAUUAAGUAAAAGUAGCAGUAAUUCAUAUUUAAUUCUCCCUCUUCCGUAAAGCUUUUACAAACUCACUCACAGUAAUAAUAAUAUAGUAACAACUUAAAAAUUAUGUGUGGUAGAACAGGCUUAUCACUGAACCAGGAACAAGUUUGCUGUGCAUGCAGUUACAAAGCGAAUGGAGGAGACUUGUACAUAAAACCAGAAUGGUUGCAUGAACACAACAAUGGAAAAGAAUAUACACCUUCUUACAACAUCGCACCGUCAGACGUAACGCCGGUUCUUGUUUCUGCCAGUAAAUAUAGACAUGCUGCUAACACUGACCGAGUGCUGAAACCAAUGCUGUGGGGGAUAAUACCUCCAUGGCACAAAGGUGAUUAUAGAACACACAACCUAAGUACUAACAACUGCCGAUUGGAAAAUAUCAAUACAUCAAAAUUAUAUGGUCCAAUAUUAAGAAGUGGAGGAAGGUGCAUUAUACCAGUUGAAGGUUUUUAUGAAUGGAAAACUACUGAAAAACUUGCCAAAGUAAAGCAACCAUAUUAUAUCUAUGCACCACAGGCUAGAGAGACAAAGAUUGAUGACCCCUCAACAUGGAGCAAUACUUAUAGCAACCAAGAGGGCUGGAGAGGAAUUAAUCUCCUGUAUAUGGCUGGACUAUACUAUGUGUGGCAACACAUUACCACAAUUAUCUAUUCAUACUCUGUCAUCACUUUGGAAUCUAAUGACACUUUAAAGUGGCUCCACCACAGAAUGCCAGCAAUAUUGGAUACACCCCAACAAAUACAAAUGUGGCUUGAUGUCAACAAUGUGGACGCUGAGACAGCCGUAUCCUGUUUGAAACCAGUUCAAAUGUUAUCUUGGCACCCAGUAUCUACUGCUGUAAAUAACUCUCGAAAUAAAUCUGAUGACUGCAAUAAAAGACAACCUGAGAAAAAAACCCAAAACCCACAGAAGACUAUAACAGCAUGGUUUACAAAGACAGAGAAAAGAAAAUUAACUAAAGAUGAAAUGUCAACUUGCAAGAAAUUAAAGACAUAAUACAAUUGUGUUAUUUUUAUUUAAGACUGUAGAGAUAACAUUUCUAUAGUAUUCAUUAAGACAUACAGUGUUGUUAACAUUAAAUGUGUAGAUUAAAUGGUUACUUCUCAUUAA